AGAGGACUAGUUAGAGUUUAGAUGACAAUUUGUGGUUGUACUCAACAACAUUUAUUUUAUUUAGCAGUUUCCAAAGUGAAUUUAAACCAUAACAAAGAACAACACCACUCCCAGACCUGAUGCUGAAGUAACCACCCUUCCUGCAACAUGGGGUUUGCCUUGGAACUUUGCCAUGAUGGCCCCACUCUCUGGUUGUGGAGUCCUUAACUGAGGCAAGUGAACCUUUGAUGCUGUUGUGGGGUUAUUUGGAUCUUCUUGGAAGAGCCAUCACUGCACUCUUGGGUGAUUUUGGUAGGUCAUUCCAGGGAACAUUCACCGUUUUUUUUUUUUCCACACAAGACUAUGCAGGUUUUAAUUUGGUUUACUCCUCAAUACUAAAUAACUGACUUGAAAAUGCCCGUUUUGUGCUCACAUUUGUAGUAUUUUUGACUAAUAAACUAAUAAAUUAUAUAUUGAAUUUAAUUAUUAAAUUGAAGGACAUCAUCUUUCCACACAACUUUAUUUACAUAUUUAUUAUUGGACAUUUUUACUUUAGGCUGCCUUGCAACAUGCCAUGACCUACAGGCUUUGCUGUAAAAACUUUUGUGAAGCCUUACUUUUAGUCAAAAUAUCUCAUUUAAUUUUAGAUACAUUCACUUCAGCAGGACGGAGGGACUUUUGUUAGUCUUAAAAACGUAUUUUCACUUGUAUUGCUAAUUUUUUUUCACUCAUUUCACAGUACUUUACCUUAAAGUGAAAAAAAAUCUGCAAAUGACUGACUCAUGAAAUGUUAGGACGACAGUAAGAUAUCCCUACUGUCCCACCCAACACACUACACACUGCCUUUAUUCCCAUGAACCAGCACUGAACUAAGCUUGAUCUUCAGCAAACACAUCUCAUACCACUUUAAUCCUGGGCUGACAUCUCCACAAGGUCAUUCACAUUUUCCUGACAUGUUUGCCUUUCAACUCAGCCAAUACCACUCCAACUACAAAGUUUCAUUUGUGCCGCCUUUCCAGACCAAAACCCAUGUGUUUAGUCAGCCACUGCUGACCUUUGCCUUGAUUUGUUUCCUGGGUACAACAGUCACACCACGUCUUGUCCUGUCCGCAUCCUCCCCGACUUCCAUCAGUACAUCUCCCACAUACUCUCCAGGGGCGGAACGUCUGCAAUGAAAGUAGCUGGUUAUACAGUAGAUACUUGACAGAACAAUGGUCAAGGAUAAGGCAGGAUUCCAGCAGUGGUGUGAAGCCAGACCUUAUCAUAAUUAUUGUUAAUCAUUAUGGUCCUGAUAAGAUCCGGAGGUGGCAUAUAUGGAUGGAUAAACCCUUGUGAAGUCAAGUAGGUCCACACAGGUGGUGAAGGACGCUCAUGAUCACAGAAGACACACUUAGAGACGAAGCAGGCGAUCGGACGACACAGUAACGAGACAAUGCAACUGGCAACAAGGCAGUAUGUGGUGGCCAGGCCACUCUACUCAGAGGAGGACUUCUCGGAGAAGCACCAGAAGAUCUACAGGCACAGAAAGACCAUGUUGGAUCAUAUCAGAGAGUAUUUCACUCAUCAGCUGGAUGAAACUCUACAGACUCAGAGACUGGCUUCUGAGUGACAUCGUGUCAGGUGUCAGUACUGGACUGGUGGCCGUCCUGCAAGGAUUGGCUUACUGUCUGCUGGCCUCGCUGCCCCCCUGGUACGGGCUCUUCUCCGCCUUCUUCCCCGUCAUUAUCUACUUCUUCCUCGGCACCUCCAGACACAUUUCCGUCGGUCCAUUCCCAGUCUUAUGUCUGAUGAUCGGUUCUGUGGUGACCCGGCUGGUACCAGAUGAAGGCUCACCUGCCAACUUCACUGCAUUUGAAGGCCUGACAAGAGAUGAUCAAAGAGUACUGGUGGCCUCCUCUGUGACCUUCCUUGUUGGACUCAUGCAGUUGGCAAUGGGGGUGCUACAGGUGGGCUUUGUCGUCAUGUACCUGUCAGACACUCUGGUAUCCGGGUUCACCACUGCUGCUGCCAUACACAUCCUUGUCUCCCAGCUCAAGUUUGUUCUGGGCCUGCAGGUUCCAGGAAUCAGUGGGCCUCUCUCAAUAAUAUACACUCUUGAAAUAAUCUUCAAUAAAAUAACCUCCACCAACGUGUGUGACGUGGUCAUCUCCUUGGUGAUCAUGGUGGUCGUAUUCAUCGUCAAGGAGCUGAAUGACCGGUUCAAGUCCAAGUUGCCAGUGCCCAUACCUAUUGAGGUCAUCAUGACUGUCAUCAUAUGUGGAGUUUCGUACGCGUUCGACUUCGAAAACAAAUAUGGCAUUGAGGUGGUGGGAUAUAUUCCAAGAGGGUACGAGCCCCCGAUUGCUCCUGAGUUGCCCAUCUUCCAGGAGACGGCAGUGGAAGCCUUUCCAAUGGCAAUCGUCGGGUUCGCUGUGGCCUUCUCUGUGGCGAAGGUCUACUCUGUGAAGCAUGACUACACCAUAGAUGGGAACCAGGAGCUGGUUGCAUUUGGAGUGAGCAACAUUUUUGGAGCGUCCUUCAGGUCUUUUGCGGCCAGCACAGCUCUUUCCAGGACGGCUGUGCAGGAGAGUACCGGAGGGAAAACCCAGGUGGCUGGUUUGCUCUCAGCUAUUAUUGUCAUGAUCGUCACCUUGGCCAUUGGAUUCCUCCUGCAGCCGCUCCCAAAGUCUGUGCUGGGUGCUGUGGUCUUGGUCAACCUCAAGGGUAUGCUGUUGCAGUUCCGAGACAUCCCCUACCUGUGGCGGCGGGACAAACCAGACUGCGUGGUGUGGUUGGGCACUUGUAUCGCAUCUAUCCUCCUAGGACUGGAUCUGGGCCUCGCUGUGGGACUCGGUAUUGAGCUUCUCAGUGUUGUUCUCAGGGCUCAGUUUCCUCGCUGCUGCGUUCUAGCCAACAUUAGAGGAACUGACAUCUACAGAGACAGGAAGGACUACAUCGAUAUAUUUGAGCCAGAGGGAGUAAAAAUCUUCAAGAUUCCAUCACCGAUCUUUUUUGCCAACAUUGACUUCCUGAAGAACAAACUGAUCGAUGCCGUUGGCUUCAACCCUUUGAGGGUGUUGAGAAAGAGAAACAAAGCUCUGGGGAUGAUCCGCGAACUGCUGAAGAAGGGCCAUCUCCAGUGGACGCCAAAUGGUUUUCUGAACACCUCGAGUGGACCCAUCAAUCAACCAGACGAUGAGAACAACUCAGAAGAUUUGGACCUGCCGUCGGACUUCCCUGCCCGGGUGGAUUGGAGAGCUCCACUUCCCGCUAACCUCGUGGUUCCCAGAGUGGACAUCCACAGUCUGAUCUUGGACUUUGCUGCUGUCUCAUUCUUGGACAUCUCUGCACUAAAGGGACUUAAGACUAUGCUGACAGAGUUUAUCAGAGUGGAUGUUGAGAUCUACAUAGUAGCGUGUGACCCUUGCAUCCUACAAAAGCUUCACGACUGCUGCUUCUUUGACGAUGAAGUUCACCCAUCAAUGUUCUACCUGACGCUGCAUGAUGCAGUGUUACACAUCCUUCACCUGCACCCGGAGUGCACGGCUGAGAAAAAAUAUCCUAGCAAGAUUCUCACAACAGUCACAAUUCAUCACUCAGAAGGCAGCCUGAGGAACCGCAACACACUGGAGCCAGAGACCAAGUUUUGACCUUCAACCAAAGAGUCCAACUGGGACAGUGUAACCUUGUACGACAACGUUUAUUCACGUUAGUUUAACUUUAUACAGAGAAACGUUUAUGAACGUUCUCCGUCAUGUCAGAAACUUGAUGUUUUUUUAUACUGUACAUAGAUGAUUGUUUUUAGAUGCAAUGUAAAUGCAAAUAUUUUAUACGGUAUGUAGUUGGGACAGUAAAAAAUAUAUAUAUAUA